UGUCACUCAAACGAAAUAAUUGUAACUUGGUACCAUUGCAGUUAUGUUUGGAAAUUAAAUGUUUUAAAAAUGAUUUUCAUUCGAUAGCAGUAUCACAGUGCUAAUUAUUAAAAGUGUAAUCAAUAUUUUAUUACAGUCACCGCACCGGCACGGCGCGCGCAUGGCGCCGGGCGGGCGCGCGCGGGCGCGGUGACCGGCAUGGCGGACGGCGACGCGGGCGCCGGCCAGCACGACGCCGCGCUGCUGGCGCCGCUCACCGAGGACACCUUCCUGCACAACCUGCACGUGCGCUACAAGCGCGACCUCAUCUACACGUACGUGGGCAACGCGCUGGUGUCGGUGAACCCGUGCCGGCCGCUGCCGCUGUACUCGGCCGAGCUGGUGCGCGCGUACCUGGCGCGCCCGCCGCACCAGCUGCCGCCGCACCUUUACGCGAUCACCGCCGCCGCAUACAGAUGGGUGCGCGACCGAAAUGAAAGCCAAUGCAUCGUCAUCACAGGCGAGAGCGGCGCGGGCAAGACGGAGGCGGCGCGCGUGUGCCUGCAGUGCGCGGUGGUGGCGGGCGGCGAGCCCGAGGCCGGCGCGGGCGGCGCGCUCACGGCCGCCGGCACGCUGCUCGAGGCCUUCGGCAACGCCGCCACCGCGCGCAACCACAACGCCUCCCGCUUCGGAAAAUUAUUAGAAAUAGAAUUUGAUUUCAAAGGGCAACCCGUCGGAGGACACAUAACACACUACCUUUUGGAAAAGGAGCGGCUGUGCGGCGCGGCCGAGGGCGAGCGCAGCUUCCACGUGCUGUACCAGCUGCUGGCCGGCGCCGACCCGCACCUGCUCAAGAGGCUGCGGCUGCAGCGCUCGUGGGAGCACUACCGCAUCCUGCGCGGCGGCGGCGGCGCGGCGCCCGAGCCCGGCCGCCUCCCCNCCGGCCCGCGCGCCGACCGCGCCGACACGGAACACUUCGCCUUCACCAAGGCGGCCAUGGCGGCGCUGGGCUUCGGCGGCGGCUGGUGCGGCGCCGUGGUGCGCGUGCUGGCCUUCGUGCUCAAGCUGGGCAACGUGCAGUUCGAGCCGCAGCACAACAUCGACGGCACCAUCGGCGUGCGCCCCAACCACGACUACGAGCUGCGCGAGGCGUGCGCGCUGGUGGGCGUGGACGAGGCCGAGCUGCUGGCGGCGCUGGGCGCGGCGCCCGCCGCCGACGACGAGCGCGCCGACGACAGCUCGACGGAGGGCUCGUGCGCCGGCUACGCCUGGGAGAGCGCCGAGUGGGCCGGCGCGCUGCGCGACCGCCUGCUGGCCGCCACCUACGCGCGCCUGUUCACGUGGCUCAUCAACGCCGUCAACGACGCCAUCAAGCCGGCCGAGGCGGGCAAGCGCUGCUCGCUGGGCAUCCUGGACGUGUACGGCUUCGAGUCGCUGGCGCACAACUCGCUGGAGCGCCUGCUCAUCAACUACGCCGCCGAGCGAGUGCAGGCGGCGGUGACGGGCGCCACGCUGCGGCGCGAGCAGGAGGAGUACGCGCGCGAGGGGCUGGCCUGGGCGCCGCUGCCCUUCGCCGACCACGAGCUGCACGCCGACCUGCUCGACGUCGUGAGUACACCGCCACCGGACACCAGCCACCAGACACCAGCCACCAGCCACCCUGACCGGCUCCCGAUACACUCUGUCGCUCACGCACACGCAUUCUCGCUGUCGGUGUUCCAAAUUAUCUAUUUAUUUUACAUGGAAAACGAACAGCAUGUAUAUGCAACAAAUAUAGAUCAGGCAGUUCAGAUCGAAUAUGCCUUACGCAAAAUUAAAUUAAAUAUACGAUCGGAUAAACACACAAUUCACCCACUGUACACACACAUUCGAAAAAUAAACCCUUUCUGGCUUCAUUUUACCCUUCUCGGCAAGGGCCCGGACAGCGUGCUGGGCGCGCUGCGCGAGGCCACGCUGCGCGGCGGCGGCGACGCCGGCUUCCUGGCGCGCCUGCAGCGCCGCCGCCACCCGCGCCUGCUCGUCGUGCCGCCCGACCACUUCCAGGUGGUGCACUUCGGCGGGCCCGUGUCGUACAGCGCGCGCGGCAUCGUGGAGCGCAACCGCGACGCCGUGUGCCGCCGCUGCAGCGCCGCGCUGGCCGCCGCGCGCGAGCCGCUGCUGGCCGCGCUGUUCGCGCCGCCCGCCGCGCCGCCCGCCGCCUCCGUCGCCGCCGCCGCGCCCGCGCCCGCCCGCGAUGACCCCGUGCGCGCCGCGCGGGCGCUGCUGCGCGCGCUGCCCAUCCCCAGCGCCGAGUUCGCCUACGGCCGCACUAAGGUGUUCAUCAGGAGCCCGCGCACGGUGUGGGAGCUGGAGGCGCUGCGCGGCGCGCGCGUGGGCGCGCUGGUGGCGGGCGUGCAGCGCGCGUGGCGCCGGCGCCGGGCCCGGCUGGCGCGCCGGCGCCGCCACCGCGCGCAGGCCGUCAUCGCGCGCGCCUGGCGGGCGUACAAGGUGAUCGCGGCGGAGCCGGCCCGUCCGUCUCGGUUCGGUUCCUCCUCCGAGUCGGUCGAGUCGUUUUAUACGGGCGCGGCGGCGCGUGGCGGCGCUGGGCGGCGCGGGCGCGGCGGCGGCGCUGGNCGCGCGCUGUGGCGGCGCCUGCCCGCGCGCCACCUGUCGCCCGCGUGCGCCGCGUGGCCGCCGUGCCCGCAGCCGCGCCUGCUGGGCCGCGCCGACCAGCUGCUGCGGCGCCUGCACCACCGCUGGCGCUGCCGCCUGUACCGCGCCGCCUUCGACCAGACGGCGCGCAACCGCAUGCGCGAGAAGGUGACGGCGAGCGUGCUGUUCAAGGAGCGCAAGCUGAACUACGCGCGCAGCGUGGCGCACCCCUUCGUGGGCGACUACGUGCGCCUGCGCGCGUCGGCGGCGUGGCGGCGCGGCGCCGGCGCGGCCACCGGCGACAAGUACGUCGUGUUCGCCGACCUCGUGGGCAAGGUGGCGCGCUCGAGCGGGCGCGUGUCGCGCUGCCUGGGCGUGGUGUCGACGGGCGCGCUGCUGCUGCUGGAGCCGCGCUCGCUGCGCGUCAAGCGCCGCGUGCCCGCGCACGCCGUCUACCGCCUGUCGCUGUCGCCCUACGCCGACGACCUGCUCGUCGUGCACGUGCGCGCGUGCGGCGGCGCCGAGAGCUCGCUGGAGGAGCUGUCGCAGUGCUCGUCGCGCGACGCGCCCGACGCGCCCGGCUGCCUGUUCGGGGGCGAGGGCGCGUGGCGGCGGCGCGGCGACGUGGUGCUGCGCACGUGCCACGUGCUGGAGCUGGCCACCAAGCUGUUCCUGGUGGUGCAGAACGCCGUGGGCGCGCCGCCGCACGUCAACAUCGCCACCGAGUUCGAGGCCAACUUCGGGCAGCAGACGGUGACGGUGUCGUUCCACGCGCUGGGCGGCGGCGAGCCCGGCGCGCGCCUGCUGCGGCGCGGCAGCCGCAUGGACGUGCUGCUGUGAGCGCCGCGCCCGCGCCCGAGCCGACGUGCAGCUCCGAUGCGGCGGGCUCGAAGGUGGACGUUUCUUAAAAAACAAAACGCCGAUGAUGCGGUUCCCGGUGAUUCCGUUUGGGACCAAGAGCGCGAUCGAAAUCACGAAAUUCCAGCGUCGAUGAGUGUCGUGCGGAUGCAAUUUUAGGAUGUGCCGGCUUUAAUGACGUCAGUGAGCGACCUCGUGUUCGGUUCUAUGCGACCGUUGAACGUCCUCAGCUUUAAAUAUUUAAGUAAGUUAUGUCUCGACGCCCGGUGCGAGCCCCUGAACUUUUCUUAGGGGUGUUUCGCGGGAGCGUUUUUUUAUUAGAGUAAUUGAUGCGAUAUUUAUGUAUGUCGACGAUUGUAUAGAACGGGUCUGACGCGCAGGGUUCCGGGAUGCUCACUUGCGUUGCGAGUCUCAUGACACGAUUGAAGCCAUCCCUCGAAUGCUUUGAUCAACGAUACCAACUAGAUAUCGGGUCAGUGCAAAAGUUACGUCUCGGGAAAUAAGAGCGCACUUAAGAAGUGACUUCUUUUAUUAUAAUUUGUAAUUAAUCACAUUUUUCGUCUGGCAUCAAUUUAAUUUAAUAUUCUUAACUCUUUAGAAUUCCCAUGUAUACUCCGCUAACUGUGAGUUGGCGUUAAUUAAAUAAGAACUUAUUUCUUAAGUGUGCUAUUAUUUCCCGAGAUGCAAUUUUUGCGCUGACCCGAUAUCCAGUUGGUGUUGUUGAUCGAAACUCUAAAAGAAUUAAUAAAUUGCAUUAUUCAAAGUCGGUUGAUAUGUCAGAUAAGUAACUGCGUGAAAUAGGACGGUCUUCACGGUCGUAUCCGCUUUAAUAAUUAUACUCGUACAAGGGAUUUGGCUAAGGAAAAAAUAAUCUAUUCCUGUCUUACCGAUAUUACUUAGUGAUUUCUCACUUAAAUCCUUACAGAUCAGUUUCAGUAGUUUGUUUUGAUGUAUUAGAGUAAAAAUAUGUAAAGUGAUGGAACCACAAAGCUUACUAUAUCAGAUGACGAAACCAGUAAUUUCGCUGUUUCUGUGGUCAGUGUAUGGGUCAGGCCUCGCCACAGUCGCCCAGCGGCAGCCGGGGCCGUCCGCGCGGCCGGGACGCGUCACCGACGGCACAAAUGUGUUAACACGAGUCGCUCCGGGGAGCGCUCGCGUGCCAAACGACUAGUUCUACCGUUGAAGCCAAAAUAUAGUAGUUAACAUAAUGUGUACGAUAUCGAUAGUGCGAUAAGUAGAGCGGUGAUAUGUCGAGUGCGGAGCGAGUCUGUCAGUCGCCGCGACGCUGCGGGCAGACGCACGCAGUAGUGUUACAGAUAUCUAUUACUGUUACGGUCGCUGUUUGUUAUGGGAGCGCCGCGCCGACCCCUCGCUUUCACAUUUUAUUGUACGUUUCUGUGAAUACUGUUUUGUGAUUGAGUGCAUUACUUUUUAUUUGGAAUAUUGUUAUCGAUGUGAUAGUUCUUAGUUUAUUGAACCUCGUGCCCGGGAAGCCGAGUGCGGUCGGCGCGAAGGUGCAAACGACUUGUG